CUGUCUCUUGUGGGACAAUCACUCCUUCAAUCGCCCACGCUCACAACUGACUAUCUUUUUCUCCCUCCCUCUGCUGCUCCCUUGUUUCCUGCUGUGUUUCUUCAUCCCCCCUUCAGAGCCACCUCACUUCCACAAGGAUCCAACCAGGAUCUACAAACCAGCUCUUCAAGCCCCAUUCCUUGUUAACAGGAAAUGUCUUCCAAACAGCAAAUGGGCUACAAAUGUCGCAUAGCAGGAGUGCUGCUUCUCCUGUUGGCAAGCAUUGCUGCUCUAGUUGCUGUGGCUGUCAUCCAAGACACCUGGGGGUUCAAGGAAUACAGCUAUGAGUAUGGCAUCGUGAUAGACUCAGGUUCAUCACGUUCCAGUGUGUACCUGUACAAGUGGCCGGGGGAGAAAGAAAAUGAAACAGGAGUGGUGACUGAGGAAAUGAACUGUAGAGUUGCUGGUGACGGUAUCUCAGAGAUGAAAGUUGACAAUGAAAAAGAUGCCAAGUCAUGGACGGGAUUUAAAGUGUGCAUUAAGAACAUCACCGAAGCCAUUCCUGCUGAAAAACACAAAACCACAACUCUUUUUCUGGGAGCAACUGCUGGAAUGAGAUUGCUACAGGAGAAGGAUGAACAGAGGUCAAAUGAAAUCAUGCGAGAUCUUAGGGAAUACCUGGUGUCUUUGCCUUUCGUCUUCCAAAACGCUUCCAUUAUUUCUGGACAAGAAGAAGGGCUGUAUGGAUGGAUUACUGUCAACUACCUCAUGGGAAACUUACUAGAGAAAAAUGCAUGGAACAAAUAUGCACGCCCUCAAGGGGAAAAGACUGUAGGGUCCAUGGACCUUGGUGGAGCAUCAACACAGAUCGCCUUUGCUGUCCAGAGUAAUCUCAGCGGGCCUGACUACUUGCCUGUCAAACUGUAUGGUUACCCUUACAAUGUCUACACACACAGUUUCCUCUGCUAUGGGAAAAAUGAGGCAGGGAAGAUGGUUUUGGACAAAGUAGUCAAGGAGUCAUCUGACCUUAGCUACAUUCCUAACCCCUGCUACCCUAAAGGUUACAAUGUCACCUUGAGUGCGUCAUACAUUUAUGAAACACAGUGCACUAAGAAGUCAAACAACUACAACUCAGAUCAACAACUCUUCUUUGUGGGUACUGGCAACUCGGACAAGUGCCUAAGCAUAGUGAAGAGUCUUUUUGAUUUCAAGACGUGUUCUUCACCCCAGUGUUCCUUCAACGGGGUUGAGCAGCCACCAGUCACUGGAGAAUUUAUGGCAUAUGCAGGAUUCUACUAUACUAAUAAGGCGAUUGGGUUGGAAGAUGGAUCCGAUAUUGGCCAAUUCAAUGCUUCGUGUGCUAAGUUCUGUGAAGAACAAUGGACAGUGAUGAAGGCAGAAAAAUAUUGGAUCUCUGAAAGAUACCUUAGGACUUAUUGUUUUUCAUCUCACUAUGUGUUCACUUUGCUGGUAGACGGAUACAAGUUUGACAAAGAAACGUGGAAAAACAUUAACUUCCAAAAAGAGGUAAAGAACACCCAAAUAGGUUGGAGUUUGGGCUACAUGCUGAGUUUGUCCAACAUGAUCCCGUCUGAAGUGAAAGAAAUCCCCCCCAUGACAGACCCCGUCUUUGCCGGCCUUAUCUUUCUAUUUUCAGCACUAACCAUCAUAACUGUUGUUUUAGUUUUCAUCUUCCUCAUUCGUACCUGCUACUGAGAACUACUGUGUGCGAGAAAGGGAAUGGCCUUUGCCAUUGUGAGCCUUGUGGGUUGCUGUUAUCCUUUAACUAGAAGGAGAGCACUACAGCAGCAUGUUCCUGCCAAGACAAUUGCACCAAGAGUAACUAAGUGCAAGGUGAAAUAAGGGUAAUUUUCUUCCAGUUUGUGCCAUUAACUGCCAUCGGUGUUAAUUGUGAGGGUUUAUAAAAACUCAAGAGACUCAAAAUAAAAUAAUCUCCCUGUGUAUCCUGUUAGUGAUUUUGACUUUUCAAAUAGACUGGCUUGAAUAAAACGAUAAAUAACGUAUCUAACGAAGACUUUCAAAAUGUUAAACAUUACACACACUCACAUAGGUUUAAGUAAUAGGAUGCAAAAACAGGUGACACAGUGGUCUAUGAAUGCUGCAGAGAUAAUGACAGAGCAACCGGAAAUCUCGAUGUGCCUGUUCAUGUCAUACAUCAUGUAACAAAAAAUAAGCAUUUACAAGCUAAAUGGUAGCACUUUGCCAAGGCCAGUCUUUCAAAAUAUACUGUACAUAUAUCACAUAGCGAAUGACCUCAUUGAAAACCAGUGGUGCACAAUAACACUCCACAUUUAGUGAAUGAAAAACCCCCUAAUAAACAAUGUAUUGAAUGUGCUAUGUGCAAUUGUCUCAAUAUGAUUUUGCAAAUAAAUACAUGUUCCACC